UCUGACAUGGAGUAUAAUAGUGAGGUGGAAUCAUUUUCGCAAAAUUCUUCUUGUUCGAGUACAACUUCAAACGCAAGAUACCGAAAAGAAACUAUUUCACCGGAAGAACAGUCACUCUUACAAUCCGUGCAAGAAGGAAUAUUGGAAACAAAUGAAGAAAAUAUAGCUUUUACAAAAGAAAUAUUACUGUUAUUGAAUGAAUUAAAUUUAGAACCACAAUCCUUGUCUAAUGACAUCAAAGAAGGGUUGCAAAAAAUAGCUUUAAUCCUAAGAUAUGAAAAGUUGAAUGAUCUUGAUACUGUUACAUUGGAUAUAGUAUGUGAAAAGAAGAAAAUAGAAGAAAAAAAAAGACAGCACGAAGAAAAACAGUUAGCAUUAUUACAUGAUGAUCUCUUUAGAAAAUGUUCUAAUUUUUCAAAGAAACUUAAUAAUUUAGCAGAGGCAGUAAGAGAUCUUGAAACCCUUGUUGAAGAUUCUCAAAAAGAUAAAAAUAUUUCCCUUGAUUGCAUUUCAUUAUCUACAAGAUUAAAAGAAUAUCAACAAACUGUAGAAAAGUUGGAAAAUGAUUUGACAGAUAUGCAAAUUGAGGAUCUUUACUAUAAAAGAAUAUUAAAUAAAUAUCAUAAAUACUUAGAAAUGUCAGGUGAAUUAGCAGAACUUAAUCAAUAUCUUAGUCAAUAUAGGGACUUGCCACCAAAUUUACUACAAGCUAAAGCUCUAGUUGAAGUGAAACAAAAAGAAUAUGAAACCUUGAAGAAUGUAUUUUUAAAAAAAACAAAUUAUCUUAAAUGA